CCUGCCACUCGCAGUCCGUCGCGCACACAGUGUCCAACCGCGCCGCAACGCAUCGUCGCACGCACACGCAAGCGCGCUUCAACGUUUUAAUAUUAUUUUUUUAUAAUAAUAAUAAUUGUUAUUAUUAUUAGUAUUAUCUGUAUACACUCGUCGUGCGGACGCGAAACACAACGGAAAUAAAAAACGAUUGAAAAAAAUAUUAUAUUAUUAUCGUCGUCGUCGCUUCGUGCGGAGAUUCCCGUCACCAUAUUAUACUGCGCACCUCGUUCGCGGAUUCGAUGCGAAAAAACGGAACCGCUUCAGUCGUCGCCGUAGUACUCGAGAUGCGUCGGUCGCGUUGUUAACACCGCUUACACAAUAUAAUAUCACAGGAUCGCCUAUAUAAUAUAUAAAAUUUCGGAUCUAUACAAACGAUCGCGAUCGCUCGUUCAUCGCGACUAUUAUAUUAUAAUAUACUCUCCGUCGAGAUUUAGUGUUCGAAGUUUUUUUUUCGCGUUGCUAACGGACGUCGUCUAAGCGGAAAUCGUCGCCCCCGGCGUCAACAUGGUCGACGAGACCAAGUGCAGUUCGGUCGAGGACGGCACGACCACGGACGAGGAUCGGGACGUCCGCGUCGAUUCCGGUGCAUCGGACGAGGAGCUUUGUAUGGACGAAGAGGACGAGGACGAUGUGUCGUCCCCAACCUCGGCGGCGCCCGGCGCCCUGACGUUUGGUAUAUCUCGUCUGUUGGCAGGCGGCGGUGGACGCGGUGCAGACGAUCUGGCGUCCAAACGUUCGGCGUCCUGCACCGGCAUGGCCGCAGCCGCCGUGUCCGGUCCCGCAGAGGCGCUCGCCUCGCUGUACGCGGCCGGGCACCACCACGCGGCCGUGUUCGGACUUCACCACCACCUGCACCAACAACAGCACAUGGCCGCAGCCGCGGCCGCUGCACACCAAGCAGCCGCUGCAGCCGCAGUGGCGGCCAACAAGCCGACCGACGACAAGACGUACCUGCAGUACUCGGGAGCAGCGGGCGUUAUCAAGGUCCCAGCGCACCGGCCGCACCCGUCCAACGGCGGCGGUGGCGCGCCCGGUCCGAUGCAGUCCCCCUGGGCCGCGGCCGCAGCCAUCGACCCCGUGUCGUUCAUGCAGCGCAACGCUUUCCUGUUUGCCGCCGACAAGAACCGACUCGCAGCGGGUUGUGCUGGUGGACUUUUGGGCACCCGACGCAUUGGACAUCCGUACCAGAACCGGACGCCACCCAAGAGGAAAAAGCCACGCACGUCGUUCACGCGCAGUCAGAUUUCACAGCUCGAGGAGAAGUUCAACAAGCACAGAUAUCUGUCAUCCGUUGACCGCGCGGCCCUGGCGAAAGCCCUCAAGAUGACCGACGCACAGGUCAAAACGUGGUUCCAGAACAGACGCACCAAAUGGAGACGUCACAUGAUGGAGGAACGAGAAGCUCAGAGGCAGAUGGCCACGAAAAUGAUGCAGUCCAUGAUGGAUGACCGAGACGGCGGCGUACGUCUGGGCGCGCUGCAGGGCCUGCAGGCCUGGUCACCGGCCGCCAUGUCGCCCGGCGGCGGCGGGCCCGGAGGCGUCGGCGGCUCGCCGGUCGCGCCGCAACCGCCACCAGGACACUUUGCCCUGUCGCAGCCUCCGGUCGGCGUCGCCCAUGUGCUGAACGGACCGCGCGCAGUGGUUUUUCGUUUAUCGUCGUCGUCGCGAUCACAUGUACUCAGAUUCCUAAGUCCUCGCGGCACUCCCCGUACUAAUAUUGAAUAAUAAUAUUAUUAUGUUUUGACGAGGUCUAUCAUAUCAUAUUAUUAUACCUAUACAAGAUAACGUCGUGACGCGCUACUAUAGUACGUGUGUACCAAACGGCCGUACCGAUAUUGAGUUGGACGAAUACAAAUGUUUAUAUGUUGAAUAAUAUUUUACGUACAAGCGUGUGAUAGUAAUUUAGUCAUUUUAUUAUCAUUUUUUCAUAAUAUAUUACCUAUUAAGAUACUGUACAGAGAUUCGUAUUUUUAUGACACUUUUUAGUAAUAUUUUAUGCGUCGUGUAUACUAUACGAAAUCGUAUUACGAGAUGCUUUUAUCCCGAAUCUUUGGAAAUACAAGGAAUUUUAAUGUUUAGAUCAAAUCCUGAUGAUUAUCCUGACGAUAUAGAAAAUAAAAAAAUAGUUUGUUCUUAAAAAAAAAAAAAAAAAAAAUACAUUUUAAAAUUUAAAUAUACUUA